AUGACUACUGCCGUUACUGCUACCAAGGAGAGAAUCCAUAAGAGCCUCAUCGGAGAAUUUCAAUUUAGUAGUUUCUCAAACAAGAAGUUUGUGCCAGAUAAGCGCGCCAAGGGACUCUUGACUAACGAUAUCCUCACACAAAUACUAUCGGAGGGGGGAAAAGGCUACCGAGAUACGAUCUUUGGUAGGAGGAAUGGCAAGCAGUCUUCUGAUUCUUCCAACUCAGAGCUCGUCCGGUACAUAGAGGAUCAUGCAACACGCGUCUUUGCUACUCUCCUGUUGUCGGGACAUGUCGAGAGGGCAGUCAAGCUCAGAAAGUACGGGUUCAUGGACAAGUAUCUUCCAGUUCAGAUACACGAUGACCAAGUCACAUCUUUUCAUCUUCUCGCAGAUGAUAAAGCCCUAAAAUGGUUUGAAGGUUGGUCGUCGCAAGAGCUAGCGUCGUUCGACACUUUCCAGUGGCAUUUUCUUGCCCCAGUAUUCACCAGUCGCUCAAUCUUGGAGCAGCCUCAUGACAUGUGUCCGUUGCCCUUCACUUCCUACGGAGAUGACGAGGAUGGAGGGAGCUUCGGCAAGAUCUACCAGGCUCGCAUUCAUCAUGAUCAUAUUGAAGGCCUUCAACUGAAUGAGGACUUCACAGUGGCUAUCAAAGAGAUCCGCGCCACUCAUGUACCUGAUAGAACCUAUGAGGUCGAAAUGGACGCUCUAGAACUGGCUAGAUGGCUGGAGGACGACCAUCUGGUCAAAUUCAUUGCAGGGUUUGAGAUGACCGGGAAGCACUAUUUAAUGUUCCAAUGGGUUAAUGGAGGAAAUCUUCGCAGCUAUUGGGAGAGCUUUCAAGGGUUACGCGAUGGGGAACUGAUCAAAAGGACUCUGAAGCAAAUUGAAGGUAUUGCAAAUGCCUUAGGAAAGAUGCACAAUGUCGAUCCCGAGAAGAACUGCCGCCACGGGGACCUAAAACCCGAAAAUAUUCUCGUCUCAGAGAGGUCGAACAAUGAGAUUUUCCUCCAGAUUACCGAUAUGGGAUCUGCCAAGAUACACUCAGUCCCAACAAGCCUCAGGCAGAUAGGGACAACAUCACUGGCCGGCACGCUUCGGUACCAGCCUCCUGAAGUUCGCACUUCGCGCAGGAGGUCGCGGGCGUACGAUAUUUGGUCCAUGGGUUGCAUUCUACUUGAGUUCAUUGUCUGGUUCCUCUAUGGGUGGGACGGGUUGAGCGAAUUUAAUAAAUCCUUCGAUCACACCACUCAACCAUUCUUCCGUAUCGGUAUCGGUGAAGAGCGCUGUAUCUUGCAGCCCAAUGUCGAUAAGUGGAUCAAGCAUCUACAACGAACUUGUCUUGUCGACUCCCACGACAAGUGCGUUAGUCGAGCAUUAAGAAAACUUCUUGAUUUCGUCUGUACAGAGAUCCUGGUUGAGAAUGAUGAGGCAGAAAACGAUAUGAUAAUCGACAACGGACCCCAGAGCUCCUUAGGUCACAGACUACCGAGAAUCAUACUCGAACGAGCAGCAACUCGAAAGCGGGAUGGGUUACAGCAACAAAGAGCAGGCAUCUCGAAGGUAUCGGCGAUGCUUGCGGAGAUUUGCUCCGAGGAUGGAGCUAACUACUUUUACAACAACAAAGCAGCAGCCAGUGAGGAUUCGAAACAUAUCUUGAGGAGUGACGAACUUAAGAAAGAGCUGAAGCUACAGCCGCCCACCUACCAUCUAGACAUAGGCCCGCCGCAACAGCAAAUAGCAAGCCCAGAACACUGGCUCAAUGACUGUGAUAGCAAACACGGAAAGACUUGCAAAGCAUUGAAUACUACGAUGAAACGUCCAACAAGGUUAAUCGACGUUGGCGAUGUCUUAUCAAAGACUCUGAAGCUCGAUUGCAACCCAGAGGACAAACCUUACAUUGCCUUAUCACAUCCCUGGGGCGAUGAGGAAUCUAAUCCGCGGUUCUGCACGACAAAGUCUAAUAUCGACAUUUAUAAGAAUUCAAUCGGGUUAGACCAGCUGCCAGAGACUUUCCGGGACGCGGUAUUGGUGACACAAAAUCUCCAUGUCAAAUACCUUUGGAUUGAUUCCCUCUGCAUCCUCCAGGGGGAAGCGGAGGACUUCCACAUCGAAUCCCAGUUUAUGGAAGACUACUAUAGUGGCGCAUACUGUACGAUCUCUGCAACCUCUGCUACUGGAUCAAGCUCUGGAUUCCUCAAAGAGCGGCCCACAAAUGGAGGUAACGUAAGGGAGUGCCACAUGCUCCAGAUCCAGAACGAGCCUUCCGGUCCCAAAUCGACCUUUUACAUAUGCAAAAGCAUUGAUGACUUCGACCGUGACGUCGAAAAGAGUUCUCUCAGCAGGCGCGGUUGGGUGUUCCAGGAGCGGGCGCUCUCAAGACGUACAAUUCACUUCACCGAUACUCAGACGUAUUGGGAAUGUGGCCAUGGAGUGCGUUGCGAGACCAUGAACAGGCUCUUCAACCGACAGUCAUCAUUCUUGUCCGACCCUAAUUUCCCCAAUUCUACGAUUGGAUAUCAGAAGGGCAUGCGAAUCAAAUUUUUCCAGUACAUCUACUCAAAGUACUCAGCUCUUGGCUUCUCGUAUGAAACCGACCGCUCAGUGGCCAUGUUCGGACUCGAAAAACGACUGGCGAGGACUUACAAGGUCCGCGCAAGGUAUGGCAUCCUAGACGAUGAAUUCCUUCACAGAAGUCUGCUUUGGCAGAAAGCGGAGGAACCACUACGUAAGAUCGAAUUCGGACGAAAUAAUGACAAAGUUCCUUCUUGGUCUUGGAUGGCGGUCAUGGGUUCGAUUAAGUACAUGGACGCCCCAUUUGAUCUGAUGGAGUGGAACGAGGGAGAGAUCAAGUCGCCACUUAAAGGAGAUCUUAAGGAAGUGAACAGAGUAUGGACGCAGCCGGUUUCGGAUUUCAUAGUUCCAGCGAGAAGCGUCUCGCAGGAAGUAAACCCUAAGGACCUGUUCUACGACCGACCCGAGUAUGAGGUAAACGAUGAAUCAAUUAAUGAUAACUUGAAGUGUGUCAUCAUUGGCUGGGACAAAAUCGAGCAGCAAAAUAAGGAUUUCUAUGCCCUCCUAGUCAUCCCGACGGGUGCAUCUAGAGAUGGGUAUCCCGAUUACGAGAGAAUCGGUGUCGCCCGCAUGACGGGGACUGACUUCGAGAAAGAUGAGACUAGAGUGCGAAUUGUCUAG